GGCUUCCCCUAAGCUCUAGCUUUUCCCCACGGGGUCAUCACAGGGCGCCAAACGCGCGCCCGCGGGAAGGCCAGGGGCGGGGCGCGGUGCCGUGAGGCACGUCAGUAGCCUUCCGGGCGGAAGUCCGCAGCCUCCCGAGCCGCUGAUUGGCUUUCACGCUGGCGCCUGUCUGGGUCCCCGCGCCAGUUUCGGGCUGGUUGGCGCGGAAUCGGGACAUUUGGGACCAUGGCGCCCGUGCACGGCGACGACUGUAAGAUAGGGGCGAGUGCUGUGUCAGAUUCAGGGAGUUUCGUAGCUUCUCGAGCCCGGCGAGAAAAAAAAUCAAAGAAGAGGUGCCAAGAAGCUCUAGAAAAACUGAAAAAGGCUAAAGCUGGUGAGAAGUGUAAAUAUGAAGUUGAGGACUUCACAAGUGUUUAUGAAGAAGUUGAUGAAGAACAGUAUUCGAAGUUGGUUCAGGCACGCCAGGAUGAUGACUGGAUUGUGGAUGACGAUGGUAUUGGCUAUGUGGAGGAUGGCCGAGAGAUUUUUGAUGAUGACCUUGAAGAUGAUGCCCUUGAUGCUGGUGAGAAAGGAAAAGACGGUAAAGCACGCAACAAAGACAAGAGGAAUUUAAAGAAGCCUGCAGUGACAAAACCAAAGAAUAUUAAGUCAAUGUUCAUUGCUUGUGCUGGAAAAAAAAUUGCAGAUAAAGCUGUAGACUUGUCCAAGGAUGAUCUGCUAGGUGACAUUCUACAGGAUCUUAACACUGAGACACCUCAAAUAACUCCACCACCUGUAAUGAUACUGAAGAAGAGAACAUCCGUUGGAACUUCACCGAAUCCUUUCUCUGUGUACACCCCUACGGCAGUUCCUUCAGGAAAAAUUGCUUUCCCUGUCUCCAGAAAGGAGCCUCCAUUAACUCCUGUUCCUCUUAAACGUGCUGAAUUUGCUGGUGAGCCGGUACAGGCGGAGAGUACAGAAGAAGAGCAGGAGUCAGGGCCAAUGGAGUUUGAAGAUGGUGACUUUGAUGAGCCCAUGGAAGCUGAAGAGGUGGACCUGGAGCCUGUGGCUGCCAAGACUUGGGACCAAGAGAGUGAGCCAGCAGAGGAAGUGAAACAAGAGGUGGAUCCUGGGAAAGGGACCAUGUCCUACUUAGGAAGUGUUUUCCCGGAUGUCUCUUGUUGGGAUGUUGAUCAAGAAGGUGACAGCAGUUUCUCAGUGCGGGAAGUUCAAGUGGAUUCCAGUCACCUCCCGUUGGUAAAAGGGGCAGAUGAGGAGCAAGUAUUCCACUUUUAUUGGUUGGAUGCUUAUGAAGAUCAGUACAACCAACCAGGUGUGGUAUUUAUGUUUGGCAAAGUUUGGAUUGAAUCAGCUCAAACCCACGUGAGCUGUUGUGUCAUGGUGAAAAAUAUCGAACGAACACUCUACUUCCUUCCCCGUGAAAUGAAAAUUGAUCUGAAUACGGGGAAAGAAACAGGAACUCCAGUUUCAAUGAAGGAUGUUUAUGAGGAAUUUGAUGAGAAAAUAGCAACAAAAUAUAAAAUUAUGAAGUUCAAGUCUAAGCCAGUGGAAAAGAACUAUGCUUUUGAGAUACCUGAUGUUCCAGAAAAAUCUGAGUACUUGGAAGUUAAAUACUCGGCUGAAAUGCCACAGCUUCCUCAAGAUUUGAAAGGAGAAACUUUUUCUCAUGUAUUUGGGACCAAUACAUCUAGCCUGGAACUGUUCUUGAUGAACAGAAAGAUCAAAGGACCUUGUUGGCUUGAAGUAAAAAGUCCACAGCUCUUGAAUCAGCCAAUCAGUUGGUGUAAAGUUGAGGCAAUGGCUUUGAAACCAGACCUGGUGAAUGUAAUUAAGGAUGUCGGUCCUCCUCCACUUGUCAUGAUGGCUUUCAGCAUGAAGACAAUGCAGAAUGCAAAGAACCAUCAAAACGAGAUUAUUGCUAUUGCAGCUUUGGUCCAUCACAAUUUUGCAUUAGAUAAAGCAGCCCCACAGCCUCCCUUUCAGUCAUACUUGUGUGUUGUGUCUAAACCAAAGGACUGUAUUUUUCCAUAUGCUUUUAAAGAAGAGAUUGAGAAAAAGAAUGUGAAGGUUGAGGUUGCUGCAACAGAAAGAACACUGCUAGGUUUUUUCCUUGCGAACAUUCACAAAAUUGAUCCUGAUAUCAUUGUGGGUCAUAAUAUUUAUGGGUUUGAACUGGAAGUACUACUGCAGAGAAUUAAUGUGUGCAAAGCUCCUCACUGGUCCAAGAUAGGUCGACUGAAGCGAUCCAACAUGCCAAAGCUUGGGGGCCGGAGUGGAUUUGGUGAAAGAAAUGCUACCUGUGGUCGAAUGAUCUGUGAUGUGGAAAUUUCAGCAAGGGAAUUGAUUCGUUGUAAAAGCUACCAUCUGUCCGAACUUGUUCAGCAGAUUCUAAAAAAGGAAAGGGCUAUAAUCCCAAUGGAAAAUAUACGAAAUAUGUACAGUGACUCUUCCCAACUGUUAUACCUGUUGGAACACACCUGGAAAGAUGCCAACUUCAUUUUGCAGAUCAUGUGUGAGCUGAAUGUUCUUCCAUUAGCAUUGCAGAUCACUAACAUCGCUGGGAACAUUAUGUCCAGGACACUGAUGGGUGGACGAUCCGAGCGUAACGAGUUCUUGUUGCUUCAUGCAUUUUAUGAAAACAACUAUAUUGUGCCUGACAAGCAGAUUUUCCGAAAGCCUCAGCAAAAACUGGGAGAUGAAGAUGAAGAAAUUGAUGGAGAUACCAAUAAAUACAAGAAAGGACGUAAGAAAGCAGCUUAUGCUGGAGGCUUGGUUUUGGACCCCAAAGUUGGUUUUUACGAUAAGUUCAUUUUGCUUCUGGACUUCAAUAGUCUUUAUCCUUCCAUCAUUCAGGAAUUUAACAUUUGUUUUACAACAGUACAAAGAGUUGCUGCAGAGGCACAGAAAAUUACAGAGGAUGGAGAACAAGAACAGAUCCCUGAGUUACCAGAUCCAAACUUAGAAAUGGGCAUUUUGCCCAGAGAGAUCCGGAAACUGGUAGAACGGAGAAAACAAGUCAAACAGCUAAUGAAACUGCAGGACUUAAAUCCAGACCUUAUGCUUCAGUAUGACAUUCGACAGAAGGCUUUGAAGCUCACAGCGAACAGUAUGUACGGUUGCCUGGGAUUUUCCUAUAGCAGAUUUUAUGCCAAACCACUGGCUGCCUUGGUGACAUACAAAGGAAGGGAGAUUUUGAUGCAUACAAAAGAGAUGGUACAAAAGAUGAAUCUUGAAGUUAUUUAUGGAGAUACAGAUUCAAUUAUGAUAAACACCAAUAGCACCAAUCUGGAAGAAGUAUUUAAGUUGGGAAACAAGGUAAAAAGUGAAGUGAAUAAGUUGUAUAAACUGCUUGAAAUAGACAUUGAUGGGAUUUUCAAGUCUCUGCUUCUGCUGAAAAAAAAAAAAUAUGCUGCUCUGGUUGUUGAGCCAACGUCGGAUGGGAAAUAUAUCACCAAACAGGAGCUCAAAGGAUUAGAUAUAGUUAGAAGAGAUUGGUGUGAUCUUGCUAAAGACACUGGAAGCUUUGUGAUUGGCCAGAUUCUUUCUGAUCAAAGCCGCGACAUUAUAGUAGAAAACAUUCAGAAGAGGCUAAUAGAAAUUGGAGAGAAUGUGCUAAAUGGCAGUGUCCCAGUGAGCCAGUUUGAAAUUAACAAGGCAUUGACAAAGGAUCCCCAGGAUUACCCUGAUAAAAAAAGCCUACCUCAUGUACAUGUUGCCCUCUGGAUAAAUUCUCAAGGAGGCAGAAAGGUGAAAGCUGGAGAUACUGUGUCAUAUGUCAUCUGUCAGGAUGGAUCAAACCUCACUGCAAGUCAGAGGGCCUAUGCGCCUGAGCAGCUGCAGAAACAGGAUAAUCUAACUAUUGACACCCAGUACUACCUGGCCCAGCAGAUCCACCCAGUUGUGGCUCGGAUCUGUGAACCAAUAGAUGGAAUUGAUGCUGUCCUCAUUGCAGCGUGGUUAGGACUUGACCCCACUCAAUUUAGAGUUCAUCAUUAUCAUAAAGAUGAAGAGAAUGAUGCUCUACUUGGGGGCCCAGCACAGCUCACUGAUGAAGAGAAAUACAGGGACUGUGAAAGAUUCAAAUGUCGAUGCCCUACAUGUGGAACUGAGAAUAUUUAUGAUAAUGUCUUUGAUGGUUCGGGAACCGAUAUGGAGCCCAGCUUGUAUCGUUGCAGUAACAUCGAUUGUAAUGCUUCACCUCUGACCUUUACGGUACAACUGAGCAACAAAUUGAUCAUGGACAUUAGACGUUUCAUUAAAAAGUACUACGAUGGCUGGUUGAUAUGUGAGGAGCCAACCUGUCGUAAUCGAACUCGGCACCUUCCCCUUCAAUUCUCCCGUACCGGGCCUCUUUGCCCAGCCUGCAUGAAAGCUACACUUCAACCAGAGGUAAAUCUCUGGAGCUUGUCCCCUUUGAAAACUGCCCUGAAGGACAACACUGAGUUCCCAGAGGACACCAAUAUGCCAACCUUUAAUAUUUAAAUGUAAUCAUAUCAAGCUGAUUUCCCACUCCUCACAAUAGGAAUUGCUCUUAUUGUUGGACUGUGACAAACUCUCGGUUUCCUGCUGCGGACCUUUUCCUACUAAGAACGUUUUCUCCCAAUUGUUUUAUUGCUACAUUAAUGCUGCCGUUAUUAAGAUCAUGUUAUAAAUUAGAUAAGCUUUAUAUAUUUUUUUAUUCAUCAUGACUUUCUUCUGUUUUCCAAGGGUAAAAGUAUAUUGAGAACUGACUCUCUUGCAAGCACUUACUUUCCGAAAGUAGUUUAGAAGCAAUCUAGCCAUGUUUUACAGUUAUAGCGGCAAUUGUUUCAACAGCCCCAAAAAAAAUUGCAUUACUGAAAUAUAUUUCAUGGGUGCAAUUGGCCAGGGACAGGGAGGGCAGCAGGCCAUUUCUUUUAUUAAGGUCUUGCGCAAAUGUUAUGAAGAGGGCAGUAUCUCAAGAAACAAUUUCACAGCUGGUUUGCUCCUAAGCCACUCAAGCCUAAAAAUGCACCGAAUUCCUUGUGGAAAAAAAAGAAAUAGAUGUCACUCCCAAACAAAGACAGGUGCUAAGCUGCGGGAGAUGAGAGAAGGGGUGAAAACAGUAUCCAGCUUUAAUAGCAAAAGCAAAUGCUAGCUAAUGGCCCGUUCUCAGGAACUCGUUAAGUCAUCUCUAAGCAACCACAGGAUAAUACACUCGUUAUUUCUGCUGGUAUGUUUCCUAAAAGUGAGGCGUAUUGCUUUGAGCCCAGAAUCUUAGUGGAUCGUGCGCCUCACCUCUGUAUUAACCUGUUGGCACGAGACCCUUUCUGCCGUCUUAUGCCUUCUUGAUGAAAUUUUUAUUAGUCAUUUGGGUGUUCUUUUUUAUUUUCUUUGCUCUUAAUUUUUAGCUUUUUAACUAAAAGUGUUUUUAAGUUACCUAAUGUUUUUAUGUUCUAUAAGAUAAUUUCUCCCCUUGGCUCACCUGCUGAUUGGUUUUUGUUAAUGAUAAAUUAUUCAGAGCUUAUGCAAAGUGUUUAAUGUAUUUUCCAAGUUAUUAUAGUAGAAGACGGACAUUUGUCUUUGGAUAGGAACAUCUGCACUAUUGAAGUUGAAGGCAGGAGUUGUUUUCUGCUCAAAUUUUAUAUUUGUUCGCCAUGAUGUUUGAAGUACUCAUCAGUGACCGAACACUGACUGAAAGGGGUCUGAAAUACCAUGGGGAUUAAAAAUAGCAAAACCACAUGCUGAAAUUAGAAUUUAUAUUUAGACGAUAUAUUGUCUUUCACUCACCCUGCAGAAUUUUAUUUUUAAGGCUGUACAUUGUGUGGCUCUCUGUUUCUCAUUUUAGAAACACAAGGAACUCACUGGAAAGCCAGACCUGGUUAAUAUAAACAUAGUCUGAGUAAACAUACAGGAGUUGCUAUGCAGAAGAAGGGCAGAACUUUCUUCACCAACACCACAUUGGUUCAGUAUAAUCACAAACACUGAAAUUUUACUUUGUGAAAGUGACAUUGUGAAAUGCUGUAAUAAAAUUUUGCAAGGCAUUUCGGGAUGUAUAGUUCAGCAUUGAACAGGACCACCAAAGACGUAAGCAGAUGCAUUUCCGAUGCUUCAAGAAGGGGUACGGAAUGUGUGCAGGCCCUCCAUGCUAUCCUUCAUCGUUUCCACGUUUACCUUCCUAUUUCUAUGCAGUGUAGUACGAAGAUUGUUUGUUGGCAGCCCUGAAGGCUUUGCAGUGGUACUGAAUGGUGGAAACUGAAAUUUCUAAAUCCUGCUAGGUUUUAGGGUAGUACCCUUUAACUGUGUUAUAGGAUUUCUGAGUCUAAAAUCUUUCUUAUAGCCUUGAUAAUAUAUAUAUAUAUAUAUAUAUAUAUAUAUAUAUAUAUAUGUAUGUAUAUUAUUUUAGGUUUCGGGGUAAAUGUGAAGAAUAUGCAGGAUAGUUGCAUAGGUACAUACAUGGCAAUGUGGUUUGCUGCCUCCAUCCCCAUCACCUAUAUCUGGCAUUUCUCCCUAUGUUAUCCCUCCCCAGCUCGCCACCCCCUGCUGUCCCUCCCCUGUUCCCCCCAACAGACGCCUGUGUGUCAUGCUCCCCUCCUUGUGUCCAUGUAUUCUCAUUGUUCAACACCCAUGUAUGAAUGAGAACAUGUGGUACUUGAUUCUCUGUUCCUGUGUCAGUUUGCUGAGAAUGAUGGUUUCCAGAUUCAUCCAUGUACCUACAAAGGACACAAACUCAUCAUUGUUUUAUGGCUGCAUAGUAUUCCAUGGUGUAUAUGUGCACAUUUUGCCUGUUCAGUCUAUCUUUGAUGGGCAUUUGGGUUGGUUCCAAGUCUUUACUAUUGUAAACAGUGCUGCAAUGAACAUACGUGUGCAUGUGUCCUUAUAAUAGAACGAUUUGUAAUCCUUUGGAUAUAUACCCAGUAAUGGGAUUGCUGGGUCAUAUGGAAUUUCUAUUGCUAGGUCCUUGAGGAAUCGCCACACUGUCUUCCACAAUGGUUGAACUAAUUUCCUUGAUAAUUUUAUAUGAUUUCUUCCUUCAGACAUAACUUUGAUGAUAACCUUGAUAUAGGCUGUGUCUCCUUGGAAUGCCAAGCAGAGAUCAUUUUAUGCUUUGAGGUCAUAGUUAUAAAUAAUGUUGCUUAUCAUAUACUCCAAAUUCAUUCAGAAAUUUAGUGAGCACCUACUCUGGACCAACACUGAUAGAGCCAGUAGGUAUAUAGCAGGAAACUAAAACUAAGUCCCUGUCCUCAUGGAACUUACAUUACAGUGUGGGGAGAGAGAUCAUAAACAAUUAUAUGACAUGGCAGGUGGCGACAAAGUACUGUGGAGAAUAAUUCAGCUGUGUGAGUAGGAAAGGGACUGGCACAAGUGGGAGUUGCCAAUUUAUGUAGGGCAUCUAGGGAAGUUCUCCUUGAAACAGUAAUAGUGAGCAAAGGCCAGAGGGAUGUGAAACAGUGGGCUUUGCAGAUAUGAAGAGGAAGGGAAUGUAUAAGGGGCCUGGAACAGCUAGUAUAAAGGGCCCAAGAUAGGAGCGUGCUUGGCAUAUUUAAAGAAUAGGAAAAGGGCCAGUGUAGCAAGAGAAAAGGGAAGGAAGGAUGUGGAGAGCAGAAAGAGGUAAGGUGAGACAGUUGGGGGCACAGGGUGGAGACAGACUAUGAAGGGCCAUGUAAGCCAUUGUAAGGGCUUUAGUAUAUAUUCUAGGAGAAAUGGGGGCUGUUCGGGAAUUCUGUGCACAAGAGUGCAUGAGCUGACUAAGUAGACUGCUUUGACUGCUGUAAUUUAAGCAAAAUACAUUGAUGGUAGCUUGGCCAAAGGAAUAGAAGGGAAUUUGUGAGAAGUGGUUGGAUUCUUGAUGCAUGUUAAAGCUAAAACUGAUAGGAUUUGCUACUCCAAUCCUUCUUUCCCUGUGAUAUUAUAUAGAAGGAAAUGGAGGAGUGAUUCCUUUUUAUAGGCUAAUGAUUCUCAGCUGAAUUCUAAUAUAUUUAAUUAUUCACCUUAAAGUAAGAUCUUGCCUAUGGACCCCAUAUAGCAUAGCAGUGUCCUUACGCUUAACAGACUUUAGGGGAAAAAAAUGAAUUGCGUUUGACUUUCAGCUCACAGUCUAGCCAAUGAGACAAAAUUGCAGGACCAGAGAAAUACCUCUGCGCGCAUGCAUGCACACACAUACGUGCACACACACACACCCCUCCCCCUACCUGUAUACACAUGUACAGAUCCCUGAAAGUCAUGAGAAUCACAGCUGGAAUCAGCCAUUGUCUCAGAUGGGUGUGUGUUCAUAUGCAGGUGUGUUGAAGGAGUGGUGGGAAGUAAUUAACAACUGCUGUACUAAUUUUUAAUGUAAACAUGUACAUAAGUAGUUAGAGGAGAUGAUAAGAGAAGAUUGCAUAGAAAAAGUGAGAUGUAAACUAAGACUGGUAGAAUCAGUAGGAUAUAAAUAGGUGAAGUUGAGGAGGCAGGAAGACAUUCUCGUCAGUCCCUUCUCUGUGCUUCUGUUUAGAAGGUAGAGGAUUUGGUGCCUUCUACUCUUUCUCUACACAGUCUGUUUAGAAGAUAGUUACAUUGUUAGGGAAGACAGCCUUAGGAGGCUGUAUGGUUUCGACAUCGAAACAGUAGAUUGAAGUUGAAUAUUUACAGCAAACUAUUCUAUGAUGUGACUAACUGUCAGAAUCCAGUUUAGUGGUGUCAGACUAUGCUUUUUUUUUUGGAUGGUUAUAGAUUAAAGGAAAAUCUUCUAGGGCAAAUCUUGAAAUUAAAAAAGUAUUGGGAGUAUGCUUCAUGUUCUGUUCCUUGUUUGUAUCCUUAUGCCCUGUCCUUCCACCAGUCUUCCCUAUCCUCUUCAUUUACACUCAGCUGUCCUGUAACACAAUGUAUGUGUUCCUAAAAAUCACUAAGCUAUGGAAAAUCACAUAAUGACAACCACACAAUUUAUGGAAAAACAAAGUUUAGGGCAACACACAAAAAACUUACAUCAGUAAUACAUAAAAAAGGAUAUAGGAACCUAAAUGAGAGCAGCGACAUAGUUUCACACAUCUCUAAGAGCUAAGAAAUACAUAAAGAUUACCAUAGAUAUGGUACUUUACCCUGAAAAAGACCUGAAGUUUGCUUAUGGAAGUGGACUCAGAAGGAUUGCAGCUGUGAGACAUGGUGACGUACAGAAUGGAAGGUUAUCUAAAAUUGGAAGGAAAGUUAUAACAAACACCAGAUGUAGAUGAGUGUAGCACAGUGAACUGAGGUAGCUGGUUGAUGUUUGAGGUAUUUGCAUGUGUGUGUUUUAUAUAUUCCUGUGUAGCUUGGGUGCAGUUUCCUGCAUUCACCUAAUAUUUCUUGCAGACAAAAUCAUGCACGAGCAAACACGAAAUUCAUAUUAUGUUCAAACUGUGCUAUGAUAUAUUAAUGGCACUGGAAUAAAUUCUCAUAUUGAAAACAAGCACUGUAUGUAGCAGAACCAACUGUACUUUGUUUUGUCUUGAUGAUUAACCAGCACCUUAACUGUCUCCCUGCUUUGUUUUCUCUUCAUUCUCAUAAUGUACAAAGACACUCUUAUUUUUAGAAAGACUGAUUGGAACAUCUGUCAGCCAGAUAAUUAAACUUACUGAAUAUUGUCUAUCUCCAGGAUCCUGGUCUGGGAUGUGGGAAAUAAAAAAUGUUUUGAAACAAUGGGUUCUGCCUUAUACAGCUUGAAUAUGGAGAACUAAGCACAGACUUUAGAAGCAAAACAACAGUUCUUAAAAUAUAACAACAUAUAGAAUUAAUAUAUCAGUGCCGAAGAGAUAGGAUAAAGUAGUUAGUAAAGAGAUAGGGUAAGCUGUGCUUGGUGGCUCACACCUGUAAUCCCAGAAUCUUGGGAGGCCAAGGUGGGUGAAUCACGAGGUUAGAAGUUUGAGAUCAGCCUGACCAACAUGGUAAAACCCUGUCUCUACUAAAAAUACAAAAAUUAGCUGGGUGUGGUGGUGCGUGCCUGUAAUCCCAGCUACUCAGGAGGCUGAGGCAGGAGAAUUGCUUGAACUCGAGAGGCGGAGGUUGCAGCAAGCUGAGAUUGCGCCACUGCACUCCAGCCUGAGUGACAGAGUGCGACUCUGUCUAAAAAAGAAAAAAAAGAGGGAGAGAUAGGGUAAAGUAGAUAGUAAGGUAAAGCUUCUUAGAAUAUAUAAAUUUUGAUCUAGAUUGUAAAGAAAAUUGUGAACAUGGAUUGGGGAAGUAUUGUCAGAAGAUGAAAACCCUAGCAUCAAAUUCUACCAGCAUUUCAGUUCCAGGUAAGAUGGAGUAAGAAAAGUUCUCCUUGUCGCUCAAGUGAAAGCAACUGUAAAACCUGGACAGCGUGUAUGGAGCAGUUACAUGAAUUCUGAAAAGUAAACAAUAGCAGGUAGGUUAAAGAUGAAGACCAGAUUCUUGUUUUCCUUUUUUUUUUUUUGGAGACAGGGAGAUAGAGUCUCGCUCUGUCAACCAGGCGGAGUGCAGUGGUAUAAUCAGGGCGCACUGCAGCCUUGAUCUCCUGGGCUACAGUGAUCCUCCUGCCUCAGCCUCCCAUGUAGCUGGGACCACAGGCACUUGCCACCAUGACCAGCUAGUUUUUUUUGUUUGUUUGUUUUAAUAGAGACAAGGCCUUACUGUGUUAUCCAGGCUGGUCUCAAAUGCCUGAGCUCAAGCAGUACUCUCACCUCGACCUCCCAAAGUGCUAGGAUUACAGAUGUGAGCCACCAUGCCUAGCCAAGACUGGAUCUCAAGUACCUUUAAAUCAACAAUGAGUUUGCCAUUUUGUCUCCUGAUAUUUCCCUCUCUGAAUGCAAAACAGCCUAAAACCAAGUGUGGGCACAAAGCUAUAGACAGAGAGCUCCAGGAGAAGCAAGUAAUAGCAAAGGUAACACCCAGAGAAAAUGUAGAAAUGCCCAUGGCUUUCUUUUGGUUUUUUUUCUUCAUGCUUUCAUGCAUCAGUCUUCAAGUAACCCAGAAGCUGCAAUGAGAGGCAGCAGGAGCCAGAACUCCAAGGGAGGGAAAUCUCUUUCCUGGAUCCUCUCUCUUUCUCUUUCUUCCUAUCCUUUGAUCCUAAUUGGAGUACAGUCAUAAAAAUACACGAGAAGUUGAAUAACUAAAGACACAGCUUUCUGACUGGAGAAAUGAAAACAGGAGUUACCUGCAGACAACUAGAAGGUACCAGGAAGAUGACAGACAAAGUCUUAGGGAAACCGGCCCCAUAAAGUUAUUUAUGAGUUGGGCACAGUGGCUCACACCUGUAAUCCUAGCAGUUUGGGAGGCCAAUGCAGGAGGAUCACUUGAGGUCAGGAGUUUGAGACCAGCCUGGCCAACAUGGAAAAAUCACGUCUCUACUGAAAAUACAAGCAUUACCUAGCAUGGUGGCGUACACCUGUAAUCCCAGCUACUUGGGAGGCUGAGGCAGGAGAAUUGCUUAAACCCAGGAGGCAGAGAUUGCAGUGAGCCAAGAUUAUGCCACUGCACUCCAGCCUGAGCAACAGAGGAAAACUAUCUCAAAAAAAGUUGUUUAUGAACUUCUGGGCCUAUAGAAAGAAAGGGUCUGAUUCUAAUCAACAUACCAAAGACAUGGAGAACUGAAAUAACUGUCACCCAGAACCCAGAUUGACUACCUAGUAGUGCACAGAGGAGACAGAUUCAAAAAACUCUGCAAAAGUUUGGACAGCUGAACUGACACAAAGUGCAUGGGAACUCACAGCCCAAACUUAAUGAAUGAAAUCAGUUUCCUGCUAAAAUGAAAAUAUUAACAAUUUUCAUAGGAUUGAAGCAAGACCCUGACAUGCAUACUAUUCAAAAUGUCUACGUUAUAAUUCUGUAAGAUAGAACCAGGAAAAUCCUAUAAGAAGAACCAAGAAAAUCUCAGAUUCCAUUGAGCAUGUGGGAGAGACGAGCCAAAAGAUAUCAAUGCUAAGAUGACAACAAUAUUAGAAUUAUAUGAUAAAGACUUUAAGGUAGCUAUUAUCCUAUCCAAGUGUUCCAACAAGUAAUGGUGAACACCUUUUUGUCCCCCGAGACGGAGUUUCACUCUUUCGCCCAGGCUGGAGUGAAGUGGCAUAAUCUCACUGCAACCUCUGCCCCCACCAGGUUCAAGUGAUUUUCCUGCCUCAGCCUUUUGAGUAGCUGAGAUGAUAGGUGCCCACCAUCACACCCGACUAAUUUUUGUGUUUUUAGAAGAGACAGGGUUUUGCCAUGUUGGCUAGGCUGGUCUUGAACUCCUUACCUCAGGUGAUCCGCCUGUCUUGGCCUCCCCAAGUGCUGGAAUUACAGGCAUGAGCUACAGCACCUGGCCAACACUUUUUAAAUGAACAGAAAAAUAGAAAGUCUCAACAAAGAAA